AUGGUAUCAUAUCACAUUUUUCUGUUCUCCAUAUUCCUCUUGUUGUGUCUGUUGUAUACAUCCGCCUAUUGCAUAUGUGAAGGGAAAGCGGAAAAUACAACAUCGACAUCUGGAAAUUCGAAAGACACCAGGUCUUAUUUUCAAAGGACCAAAAUAAUAAACUCAUUGAAAAAAAAAACGAACGAAAUUCGAAUGAUCUAUAAUACAUUAAAUGCAAAAAAUGCUGACACGCCUCUUUACAUUUUUGUAAAAGAUAACGAUGAAAACAAAAGAAUAAUUCUAAAAAAUUUAUUUCUAAUGGGAAAUCUUGAUUUUCUUCAAGGUCUUAAUACCCCUUUUUCAAAAUUUUACCUCUCUAUGAGGAUCCAACAAAGGACACAUCGAGAACAAGUAGAAUCCCAAAUAAGGAAUGAACGAGAAUUUAUAAAUACCCUAGACACAGAAAAUAAAAAAAGAUAUGUAAUGGAAAAGCUUAGGGACUAUAAAUUGUUAAAAGCCAACAUUCAACAGUUCUACUCGAGAAUAGGGAAGCGAUUUAAAUCCGUGGAAGAAUUAAUGACCCGCUUAAAUGAGAACGCAAAAAAUUAG